AUGUCUACAGCUGAGACUGAGGAUACAUCAAUGAUGACUACUAUUUUUGCGACCGAGGAGACAUUGUCUACAGCUGAGACUGAAGAUACAUCAAUAAAGACUACUAUUUUUAUGACCGAGGAUACAUUGUCUACAGCUGAAACUGAGGACACAUCAAUGAAGACUACUAUUUUUGUGACCGAGGAAACAUUGUCUACAGUUGAGACUGAAGAUACAUCAAUGAAGACUACUAUUUUUGUGACAGAAGAUACAUCAGUAGCGUCACGUUCCGUUGAAACUGAGGAGCCUAUAGUGACGACAAGCACUUCUACAAUUGAGCAAACUUCGAUUACUACUUCUGAAAAUAUAGAGGAACUUUCACGACAGGUAUAA